UCGGGUGAUGUCAAUCUGUCAAUCAAAUCAAUUAUCAAUAACAUAAACAUAAUUAUUAUGUUGAUUGAAUCUUCUCUCUGAAAAUUUGAAUUCUGAAUUAAAUGUACUCCAUACGCAUCUUUUACUGAAUGCAUCAACCAUCUUCGAACUUUGAUUAAAAUGAUCCGACUAGUUACUUGAAAGUAAAAACGUUAUAAUGGUUGGAAAGUGCGUUGUACCCGGGUGCGAUAAUUUGGGACAGCAUUUAAUACCACAAAAAGACAGUGAUCGAAGAUGUCUUUGGAUGAAAGCGAUGAGGUUAGAAGGUCAGAUUAUGAAGAUUAAACAACCUUCAAUAUGUACAUUACAUUUCAAGGAAACUGACUAUGAUGCGGAAUAUUAUAUAGAGCCGCCAGAGCCGCUGAAAAUCAAGCGUUUAAAGAGACAUGCAGUACCUUCAAUUUUUCCAUGGACUGAUGCACCACCAACGAAGCGAUGUGCAUUUACCUCUCAAAAAGAAAUGGACCAUAGCUUAGACUCGGAGACUGAAAUGGAAAAUGUUGAACCCAGAGACCCCGUACUUAUCUUUAAAGAUGAUGAUAACACUACAGAACAACUAUCAUCUAAAUUACCAACAUCAUCAUCAUCUGAAUUACCAGCAUCAUCAUUUCAAAUGGGAAAUGAUUAUAAAAGGGAAAUUUCUUUUAAUGCUUCUGGAGUAAAAAAAACAUAUAGAAAGCAACAUAAGUACAUGCCUAUAAAAUUUAUUCCGGAACUAUGUUACCUCCCUUGUCAAGACCUCUUGGAUGCUCCUUUUGAAGAUCCACUAUGUGUACAAGAAAGUGACAGACAACACAGCUCCGAAGCAAGUAACUAUUAUGCAGAAUCCAAAAUUGAUAUUGGAAAUAUUAUUCAAAUUAUUGAGUGUUGAAGUAAAGCAAGAAGAAAAUAGUUCACAUGAUAAUUUAGAAAAUUCUGAUACGUUUACAAAGACUUGUGCAAGUUGUGGACACCCACCCUCUUAUCGUGUGUGUUACAAAACCGAGCCUGAUGGAGUAUAUUUUUAUACAGGUCUUGAAACUAUUGACAAACUCUUACAAGAGAUAGAAAGAUUGCUAGCAAAAGUGUACAUGUGGAAUGAAUAAUUGGAAUGUUGAAGACACAAAAUCUUAACACAGGCAAUGAACCAAACUGAAACUACACUUUCCAGUGAUAUUACUUUUAUUGUGGCCAUGUUGGUAAAUUUUAGAUUGAAUAUCAUAAAUAAAAAUGCUUUUAAACAAAUAUCUACAUAAAAAUAGAUUUUAAAAA